UAGGCGAAGAAGAGGAAGAGGACGGCUGAGCGGCGGCCAUUCUGUUGGAAGGUUCGCGGUGUUUUGAACGUCCCUGCCCUGACGCCACCACCAACGGCCGCUGUACUGCCACCCUUUGCUGAGUUACGUUCCUGUGCCUGAAGGUUGAGCUGCAGGGCGUCCCGGCGUGUGGGUGAAGGAGCAGCGUGGGUUUACGAUCAGGUUUCCCCCACUCCUAGAGGUCACAUGGAACAGAAGGAAAAUAUCACCCAGCAUGGCGGCGAAUUGUUUGCUUCAUUACGGAGGUUAAGAGCACAAGGCAAAAGACUGCGUGGAGCAGAAACUCACAGCAGUAAUGAAGGAUUCCAGUGGAAUGAGGCAACAUCUAAUUAUAUUCAUGAAAGCGAUGGAGAGGUUACUUUGCAUGAAGAAAAUUCCCCAGUUCAAAAGAAGCUCUUUGCUCGAAAAAGAUUCCCUCUAGUACCAAUUGUGGAGGACAGCAAUGUCAUCCCAAAAUCAGGCGAAAGAGUUGGCAUCCUGGACACACUGUCAACCAAGAAGCAAUGCCCUUCAGAAUCAAGGCUUCGCAUCAGGAGAGCCCUGCACCGGAGGUCAUGUGUUCCAUCUUUCAGGAACACUGAAUCUUUAUCUCCAAACAAAGCUGAUGACUAUGCUUUCAAGGACAGUAAAGUCAAGAAAACAAUCACCGGGAUCUCUCCAGCAGCAUACUCUUCAUGGGAGACUCAGGAUGGCGGCAGUGCUAGGGAGCCCCAGGAGUCCUUCGCUCAAUCUCUUGGCAUAACUGGUGAGUCUCGCUUGGCUGGAAGGGGGAGAAGGAGGAGCCAGCUGCUGUGGCAGGAGGAAGGCUCACAGACUAAGACAGGAGUUGAAGAGGAGUACUGCCACCAAAGUGUUACUAAAAAGCAAGAUGAGAUGAUUGCUGAAAAUGAAGAGACAACAAACUGGGGUUCACAACUACUUAUCCAAUCAAGAAGCAAAGAGGCCUCAAAUAGUGGAAUUCCUGAAAGUGAUGAAGAUGUUACUUUGAAUGGAGAAAAUUCAUCUGUUCAAAAGAAGCUCUUUGCUCGAAAAAGAUUCCGCCAUGUACCAUUUGUGGAGGACAGUAAUGUCAUCCCAGAAUCAGUUGGAAGAGUUGGCAUCCUGGGCACACAGUCAACCAAGAAUCAAUGCCCCUCAGAAUCAAGACUUCGCAUCAGGAGAGCCCUGCAUCGGAGGUCAUGUGUUCCAUCCAUCAUGAAUGCAGAAUCUUUAUCUCCAAACAAGUCUGAUGACUCUGCUUUCAAAGACAGUAAAGUCAAAAAAACAAUUACUGGGAUCUCUCCAGCAGCAUACUCUUCAGGGAUGAUUCAGGAUGGCAGCAGUGCUUGGAAGCCCCAGGAGUCCUUCGCUCAAUCUCUUGGCAUAACUGGUGAGUCUCGCUUGGCUGGAAGGGGGAGAAGGAGGAGCCAGCUGCUGUGGCAAGAGGAAGGCUCACAGACUAAAACAGGAGUUGAAGAGGAGUACUGCCACCAAAGUGUUACUAAAAAGCAAGAUGAGACGAUUGCUGAAAAUGAAGAGACAGCAAACUGGGGUUCACAACUACAAUCAAGAAGUAAAGAGGAAUCAAGGCUUCGCAUCAGGAGAGCCCUGCAACGGAGGUCAUGUGUUCCAUCUUUCAGGAACACAGAAUCUUUAUCUCUAAAGAAAGCUGAUGAUUCUGCUUUCAAAGACAGUAAAGUCAAGAAAACAAUAAUGGGGAUCUCUCCAGCACCAUACUCUUCAGGGGAGAUUCAUGACGGCAGCAGUGCUAGGGAGCCUCAGGAGUCCUUCGCUCAAUCUCUUAGCAUAACCGCUAAUUCUCGCUUGGCUGGAAAGGGGAGGAGGAGGAGCAAGCUGCUGUGGCAGGAGGAAGGCUCUCAGACAGAAGCAGGAGUUGAAGAGGAGUACUGUCACCAAAGUGUUACUAAAAAGCAAGCCAAGACAACUGGUGAAAAUGAAGAGACAGCAAACUGGGGUUCACAACUACUUAUUCAAUCAAGAAGUAAAGAGGAUAAUCAAAAAGAAGCAGCCUGUGGGAACAAGACCAAAAGUGAAACUCAUGUUCUUGGAGCAGAAAGAGGAGGUCGUGCAACUAUCAGAAAUAAUUCUGUUGAAAGGAGACGAUUAAAUCGCUGGACACCAUAUGGAGAUUUUGGAAGAAAUGUUAAGCAGACAGAUGUCCAGGUGACAGACUUAGCAGGACAGGAGUCGCAGGAGUGCCGUCGAAUGUUGCAGUUUGAGAGUCAUAACAUGAGUGAUGGUGCCAAGGAGAUCACUUCCCCUCUUGUUAUGAUGACCCAAACACCAAUUAUUUCAAGAGCAUCAGUCCUACAAAAUCCUGUUGGUCAAAAUCAGGUAAAGGAAGUUUGUGAGCCUAUGAUUAAGAAGAGUCUUUUAGAUCACACUAUGAAGACUUCAAGAUUUAAGAGGAGAUGGAGUAGCCGCCUCCACCCCCAUCCAGAUAAUACUUCAGGGGAGUCACAUCAGAAUAAGAAACAAAAUAUUUCAGGGUCUGGCAACAAAUGUGAAAAUUCAUUAGAUGAACCUUUGGUUGGAUGUAAAAAAGAACCAAGAAGAAAAGACCAAAAUCAUGCUCCUGGGGACACAGCUAGUAAAUUAUGCAGGGCAGUGAAGGAAAGCAACCCAGAUGUUUGCACAACCACAAAUUCUGUGAGGAAGUCAAAGUUCCCACAACAUCCAGAAUCUACCAAGAUACCAAGGCGGAGGAGUGUUGCCGUCCUAGGUCUGCGAACACCAUUGAGGAGGAAGUCUACCAACUUUAAAGUGAAAAGCACAUCCAAGUUGAAAGGUUCUACCAUUUCAUCGAAAAUACCAGAACCUAAGGAAUCAAAAAAUUGUGCUGAACUAAAUAAAAGUUUAGCUUCAACCAGUAAUUCAUCUUUACACCCUCAGAUAAGUGAUAUAGUGUUGCCAGAUAGUGAGGGUCAAGAGGAAGAUAAUUUAUCUCAAAAGAAUGUACCAAAGGAUGUGUCACUGAAAGCUGAUGUAUCUACAAACACAUCAUUUAACUUUGUCAAUGGCAAGCAUGAGGAUAUGAGUAUAUUAAAUGACAUUGAAAAUCUCCUAAAAGAACAAGAAGAAAUAAAUAUCAAAGCAAGCUUGUUACAGAAGAAAAUUGAAGCAAGACGUCUUGAUAUGAAAGAAAAGAAAGUGAUGGAAAGCUUCAUGACUUCAGUAUCUCCACUGAAGAGACUAAGAGCAGUGAUUUCAAAAACUAUUGUGGAUGAUGGAAGUGGAUUGCAGAACCCUCAGCCAUGCAAGACUGAAGGUGAGGGUGAUGCACAGGGACCACAUGCUAUUGACCAGAGUGAGGUGGACUGGAAGAGUCCGAAAGUAGUUCCUGCCAUCACUUACAAUCACACACAUUGGAGGAGGCAGCAGAAUAAGAGGUUAGUCAGGGCUUUAGAGGAGUCCACACCAGAUAAUGAAGAGUUCUUAGACCCUUGCCAAGGAAGCAGUUCCCCCUUCACAACUCUAGUGGGUGACUGUGAGCGGCCAUCUCUUGCCCCCAUGACGCCACAUUCACGCCUCCAAGUGUCACAACUCAAGAAAAGUUUGAGGAAGCAACUUGAGCAGUUAUAUGACUAAUAAUAUCAGAAUCACUUAUCAUAUGUGUUUUGUUGAUUGCCAUAACAGUAAGAGUGAAUUAUAGAUCAAUAAUAUUCAGGAGAAAAUUAUUUUAACAUUUCCAGAACCCAUCUUGUCUGAAGGAAAAGUUGCUUUCUGUUAAAUUUUAGAAGUGCUUUAAUUUUUUUUUCUUUUUUACAACUGGAGCAGUUAUAUUGCAAUUAACAUCAAAAUCAAUCAUAUUUCAUGUGUUAUGUUCAUUGCAGUAAUGGAGUAAAAGUGACUUUAGAUAAAUAAUAUUCAGUGACAUUUAAUCUAUAUUACUUAAAAUUAUCUUAUUCCUUCCAAAAACCCAUCUUGUUCAAAAGGGAAGGUUGUUUUGGGUUGAGUAAGAAAUAUAGAAUGUCACAUGUACCAAGAUACAAAAAAAGUAAAAAGCCUACUAUACCAGUAUUAGAUUUUAACACUACUAUAUUUUUUUUAUAUCAUGAAGUUGGACCUUAGGUUGCUUUGGUAAGCUCAUUGCUAAAUGGAUAGUGUCUUGACUUAUCUUGUCUCUACAGCCUUCACACACACACUGCCAAAAUCUGUGAAUUAAUUCACAACUUUAUAUUUGCCUCCCGUAUCAUCAUAAAAAUGCAAGAGGAGUUAACUAUGUGUCUGGCAGCAACCUAUGUUCUCUUACUCUCUCCAUGGUGUGAUAAAAGUGGGCAUAAACACAAAUCUUCCCUUCUUCAUUUCGUUUAACGUCCUUAUAUUUCCAUAAGGGAAAAUAAGGACAUUAAGUGAAAAGAAGAAGAUCCUUGUUAUGCUCAUUUCCCUCACAUCAGGGAGCAAGGGUAAUGUGGGUCACUGCCAGACACACAAUUAAUGUCUCUUACAUUUUGAUGAUGAUAUGGGAGUUAAAUAUAAAAAGUUGCAUGGUAAAUCUCAGUGCACAGAUUCUGGGGCAGAGAAUUAUCUGUAACUGUAACUCAUCUUAAGAAAAAGACUUUUUCACACUUCAAGAUUUACUUAUAUUCUCUGUAACACACUUAUGUAGGGUAAUACUUGGUUCCUGAUCAAUGGAUCAUAAAAUAAACAAGAUCAUGAAACUUUAAAUCAUAGCUGUCAAUAUAAAUGUUUAUUCCGUGCUGAUAUCAAAUUAUCAUGGUACUGUGGGAAAACACAA